AUGUCCAUGACCUUUGAUAUUAACGCAUACCUCCCCGUACUUAUUACCAGCUUGCCAACAGGCACUGAGUUAUCUCCAUUCUCCGAUAAGUAUGUCAGAUUGGGCUUGGACGGAGCACCUAAGGCCAUGGUGUGCAAGUGUAAGACCGCGAACUCGAUGUUGAUCUCCAUGGCGGCGACGCUGGAUAUGGCGGGCAUGCACAAGACGCAGAACUACGUUUCGAAGGUGUCGAGGAAUAACCCCUUGCCGCUGGACCCUGUGGACGUGAAUACGAUGCCCAAGAUCUACACCAUCGAGAUAGAGUCGGGCUUCAUGGGGAACUACCUGACCAGCGAGAUCGAAGAGAUCGGAUGCUAUAAGUACUGGAGGGAGCCGUACAACAAGAUCGUGAAAGUCAGGCAUAGGACUACCAAGGGGUACGCGGUCAAGGUCCCGAUGUCGAAAGCGAACUUCAUGCCGGGGAUGGUGUUGACUGUCUCCUACGAAUACUCGUUUGUAGGGAGAGUCGUGAAAAACCUGUGCAGGACCUUCAUGACUCAGAUGUCGUCGAGAAUGGAGAUCAAAGGCGUGUGCGUCGUCGUCAACUACAGGAAGUACGAGAUGGAGGGCCACGCCUCGUUCUCGUGUGAGGUGGAGUUUCCUGAGAAGUACGGCUUUAAGGAGUUGACCCGCGUCAUGUCAGAGUUUGUCUAUGUGGUGGGGUGGGAGACUAUGAUGUCGGAGACCACGAUGUCGGAGACCAUAAUGUCAGAGACCACGAUAUCGAGCUACAUCGACGAGGCAUUCAUGGCGGAGGUGAAGAUGUCGGAGCAUAGCGUGGUUGACAUCAGCAGUGCUGAGAACUGCUCGGGGAAGUUCAUGUACAAGGCCGAUGGCAUGAAGAUGUAUGUGUUCAGGUACGAGUGUGGAUACGUCGUCUGCUUCUCUGACAGGAAGCUGUUGGCCAUGUCGUACAUAAUCGAGAACAACUCGGUCUUCACGGUGGAUAUCAACAAGACUCCCGACGUGGUUAUAGUUGAGAUGAUCUCAGCGACCGCCAUGCCGGACGCUGUUAUUAGGGACAACUGGGACACGUUGAGUGAGUUCAAGCUGUUGAAGGCGCCGCUGAUGCAGAGCGACGGAAUGGCGUGCGUGGGGAAGCACAAGACCGUUAGGGUCAAGGAACCCACUAUCGACGUCUUCUGCAAGAACGGAGCCCACAAGGACAUGAUUGAAGGGUCCUUAUACCAGAUGACGGUCAAGGCCUAUACAGACAAGAAGUCGGUGAGGCUGUGUAAUCCGUUAAGAAGGCUGGCCAAGUUUAACCCCAAUACCCCCAAGAUCGCCAUGAGGUCUUUCGCGAGCUCUUUAGGGAAGGGGGAGAACACGACGAUUCUGUACGAGGUCGUCUCGGUAUCCUUCAAGAUGAGGGAGAUGGUGUAUAACGUGGCCAUGGUGUCGGCGUCCUCCGGGAGGAAGAUGACCAUGACCGUGGGUCCAGGUCGAUCCCAGGAGGCGAACCUCAUGGAGUUCAAGAAGUUCUCCUACAUCGCGGUGGAUCCCGAGGUCGACAUCACGAGACUGACAAAGCGCAAGAACGUCAAGUCAGUAGCGAAGUACAACAAGUACUCAACGUUGACAAAGCAGCUGAAGGCGAUCUCCUCGAGCCCCGGUCAUGUGCUCUACUACGACAAGACAUUCAAGAACUUCUUGUUGAUAUACGACACCUUGAAGAACUUGUCGGAGAUGUCGACCCCGGUAGUCUUCUCGUCCAGCCUGUCGUACUGCAUCACCAGCGUCAACAACUUGAUGUCUAUGUCGGUCCCCGUGUACGGGUGUGGUUUCGUACACGACGGGAUGACGAACACGGUCGCGGGGAGGAGACCGAUCACUAUGACGGUGAAGAAGAGCAGGAACGGAGACGAAUACGUCAGCGCGGUUUUCGGCAAAUCGACAUACAACGAGCCCUUGUUCAUGUUCAGCAACAUCGCAGGGUUGAAGUACAUCGAGUCCGUGAUGCCCUGGCUCUCGAAGGAGAUCGACAUCGCCACGAAGGACAUCAUGAGCCGCGCCGUAUUGCUGAUCUAA